UGAGUGACUGAGAGAGAAGAAUGGAGCGUUUGUUUGUUGCUGGUUUUGUUCUUUUGCUUGCUGUUAGCUUCGCGCAGGCCAAGCAGCGGCCUCCAACUUUCGACGAGAAUUUCUCUGUUAUGUGGGCUGACGACCAUGUACAAACAACUGGAGAAAAUGGGAGCCUUGUGCAGCUGAUGCUCGAUAGCAACUCUGGAUCCGCCUUCUCGACGAUAAAAAAGUACCUGUUUGGAUUCAUCAGCAUGAAUCUCAAGCUGGUUCCGGGUGAUUCAGCCGGAGUUGUCACUGCUUACUACCUAUCGUCCGAGACCGACAACCGAGAUGAGCUCGACUUCGAGUUCCUUGGCAACCGAUCCGGGCAGCCAUAUACUUUGCAAACCAACGUCUAUAGCAAUGGAAAGGGAGAGAGGGAGCAGCGGCUGAUGCUCUGGUUUGAUCCCUCUCAAGACUUCCACGCUUACUCGUUCCUCUGGAACAAGCAUCACAUUGUGUUCUACGUCGACAAGACCCCCGUCCGCGUCCACAGGCUCACAAGCGCCACCCAAGACGUGUUCCCGUCCAAACAGCCAAUGCGGCUCAUCUCGAGCAUCUGGAACGCCGACGGCUGGGCGACGCGCGGUGGAAAAGAGAAGAUCGACUGGAGUGGAGCGCCGUUCGUGGCGUCCUACGCCGAAUUCGCCGUGGAUGGAUGCGACGAAGGGGACGCUGCGUGCCUCGCAAACACGAGCAGCCACUGGUGGGAUGGGCCGAGUUCGUGGGAGCUGAGCGUUCAAGAAGAGCAAGCGCUGGGCGUGGUGAGAUCCAAGUUCUUGAUAUAUGACUACUGCCUAGACACCAACAGGAAUCCAUCACCUCCCACCGAGUGUAGCGUUAAUCCCAAGUAGAUCCAUCAAAAGUAUGUGCCUUCCAAAACCACAGGGUGGUGCUGCUGGGUAUGUGGUUUCCAGGGGUUUGAGCAUUUGCUCGUGUUAUCACUUAGCUGUGGCAACCAAACUGUGACAAGAACGCCGCGGGAUGGUGGGUGACACAGCUAAUAACGAAUGUGGCCCUCAACGCAAGCUCGGA